AUGUCUCACGAAUCCGUCUGGUACUCGCGCCCGCGCACCUACGGCAAGGGCUCCCGCGAGUGCCGCGUCUGCACCCACCCUGCUGGUCUUAUCCGCAAGUACGGUCUUAACAUCUGCCGUCAGUGCUUCCGCGAGAAGAGCGCCGACAUUGGUUUCGUCAAGCACACGUAA